CCCGCCCUCCCGCCUCAGUGGAUCAUGCCCAGGGCGGCAGCGGCGGCGGUUGCGGGGGGGCAGUGACUGGGCGGUGCCGGCGCAGGAGACGAUGCCGUUUCCAGUUACAACGCAGGGGUCACAACAAACACAACCGCCACCGAAGCACUAUGGCAUUACCUCUCCUAUCAGCUUAGCGGCCCCCAAGGAGACGGACUGCGUACUGACACAGAAACUCAUCGAGACUCUGAAGCCCUUCGGGGUUUUUGAAGAGGAAGAGGAACUGCAGCGCAGGAUUUUAAUUUUAGGGAAGUUGAAUAACCUGGUAAAAGAAUGGAUACGCGAAAUCAGUGAAAGCAAGAAUCUUCCACAAUCUGUAAUUGAAAAUGUUGGAGGAAAAAUUUUUACAUUUGGAUCUUACAGAUUAGGAGUACAUACAAAAGGUGCUGAUAUUGAUGCAUUGUGUGUUGCACCAAGACACGUUGAUCGAAGUGACUUUUUCACCUCAUUCUAUGAUAAGUUGAAAUUACAGGAAGAAGUGAAAGAUUUAAGAGCUGUUGAGGAGGCAUUCGUACCUGUUAUCAAACUAUGUUUUGAUGGGAUAGAGAUUGAUAUUUUGUUUGCAAGAUUAGCACUGCAGACUAUUCCAGAAGAUUUGGACUUACGAGAUGACAGUCUGCUUAAAAAUUUAGAUAUAAGAUGCAUAAGAAGUCUUAAUGGUUGCAGGGUAACCGAUGAAAUUUUACAUCUAGUACCAAACAUUGACAACUUCAGGUUAACUCUGAGAGCUAUCAAACUUUGGGCCAAACGCCACAACAUCUAUUCCAAUAUAUUAGGUUUCCUCGGUGGUGUUUCCUGGGCUAUGCUAGUAGCAAGAACUUGCCAGCUUUAUCCAAAUGCAAUAGCGUCAACUCUUGUACAUAAAUUUUUCUUGGUAUUUUCUAAAUGGUAUGUGUUUAGAUUAUAUUAAAAUAAAAUUGAUUGUAGACA